AUGAAGGGACCUGCUGUCGAUCAGCUUGUCUACAACUUUAUGUAUCCCAAACCUAAAUCUAAUGAUCCACCUAAUUUUCAAGGGCUUCUACAUCGACAGUUGGUUCCUGAAGUACGUCUCGAGACACAGGCUUUCUACGGUCACCUUUCUAGCCAGGAAGCAAAGUAUCCUGGUCUUGAUUAUUCUUACCCUCCGCAUCGAGCCCGUCUUUCUCGCUAUCCAUGGCAUCGACGUCUUUUUCGAGCGUUUGAUAAUCUAGCCCUUACUGAAUCUGAGAUCGCAGGACUGACCAAAUGGGAAGGGACAAGAUGGGCCAAGGAACGGUUUGAACGGGAGCAAGGAAUAAUUAUUCGAGAUACGACUGCCGAUGGCAUAGCUGACUGGGUUGAGCCCGAAUUACGUACUCCAGCAGCGACUGCCGCCAAAAGAUUUGCUGAGAUGGAUGAAAUGCAGGAUAAUAAUCAACAUGAGGAACAAACACACGAAUCAGAAGAAGGAGCCGAAACUUCAAUUGACGAAGACGGCGAUGAGGAGUCAGAUAUUGAGGUUCAAAGCGUUGGAACGGCACUUAAUGAGCGCUUAAGGGCUGCCGUGGCUCAACGCGAAGCCGGCAACUCUUCCACUAUUAUGGAUGAAGAAUGGGAGCAAUGGUUUAAAGAUGCAGUAGAAGCUGGUGGCCUGCCUUUUUUGUCAACUGAUUUCUCACCCAAUGCAAACAUAACUGGCACCCGGCCAGCCACCGGCCCACAGUAUCCAGCACAAUCCUCCAGAUUUUUUAGCACUACGAGGUUAGAACAAUGGUACCGUAUCCCCGAGGCUCUGCAAGAAAUAAUUAGGCAGAAUAGCGAAAGUUCACGCAGUAUCAGUUCUAGCAGCAGUACAGGCAGACGCUCGAGAAUUUCCUCUGCGAGCUCACAAACAAUUUCUCCAUCUAAUUCAUCUACAAUCCUCUCGUCCUCUCGCGUCCCCAUCAACUCUUCUUUUACUUCUCGCCCGAGUCUCAUCCCGCCACUCAGGAGAUUAAGUGCCAACUCUAUGAUGGGUACGGUAAUGGAAACAGAUAAUCAUCCUAGGCAGUGGGAGUCAUCGAGAAUAACCAUGAGAGCACCGGGUCCAAGGCUUUCCCAUGUUCGUUCUAUACGUAGUACACAGAAUCAGAGUAAUGGCGGUAUUUCCUGA